AUGAUUUGGCUUUGGGUCGGCCUAUUUUUCGCCUGCGUAGGAAUUCUCCUACGUCCUUUAAGACAUAGGCUUCCUCUCCCACCUGGCCCUCGAGGUCUCCCCGUCAUAGGCAACAUUCUCGAUUAUCCAGCUUCGGACCUAGGCCGCGGCUUCCGCGCUCUCGCAGCGCGAUACGGUUCGCUAGUACACCUAAAGAUCCUUGGCCAUUCAAUCGUAGCGAUUGAUUCUUACGACACUGCGCGCGAGCUCCUGGACAAGAGGUCCAGGAACUAUGCUGAUCGGCCUGACGCCGUCAUGGCGAGACUAACGUCGCUAACGGAGUUCAAUCUUCCCCUCAUGCGUUAUGGGCAGGCAUGGCGGACACAUAGACGGUUCUUCCACCAGACGCUUUCGCUCAAGACGUUCGAGUCUACCUAUCGCCCUCAUAUCCGCAAGUUCGCGCACGACCUCCUCCAAAAUCUCUUAGAUAAUCCCAAAGACUUCUCGCGCCACAUACACCACGCCUUUGCGGCCUCUGUACUUAACGUGGGGUAUGGUAUCGAAGUUUCCAAGGACGACGACAAAUACGUCAACAUGUUGCACUCGGUGCACGACCUAAUCGAGGAUGCAGUAGUCCCGGGGAAAUAUCUGGUGGAGUUGUUUCCGACCAUGCAGCGCCUCCCUAGCUGGUUUCCCGGCACUCGUUUCCGAAGCGACGCGCUCUUUGUGCGUAAGGGGACGCAGGAGGUUUUGUAUGCGUUGUACGAAGAAGGGAAGCGACGCUUGGCUUCCGGGAAUGCAAAAGAUUCGAUGCUAUCCGCCACGUUACAGCGAACCUCCAACUUCGACUCCAAAGCUGCCGCGGAGGAAGAGGAGAUAUGCGCCGGCGCGCUCAUGACGACAUAUAUGGCGGGAUCGGAUACUACUAUGGCAUCUCUGCGCGCCUUCUUCUUGGCGAUGACGAUGUACCCCGAUGUGCAGAAGAAAGCCCAGGUCGAACUCGACAGAGUCAUUGGGCAUACCCGCCUCCCCGACUUCGAAGACAGGGGCAGCCUGCCGUAUUUGAACGCGAUCGUGAAGGAGCUUACUCGCUGGCAUGUCGUCGCCCCAAUAGGCCUCCCCCACGCCGCCCUCGAGGAUGACGAGUACAACGGGCUCUUCAUUCCGAGGGGAGCGAUGAUUAUCUCUAAUUUCUGGUCAUACUCUCGCGACCCGGACGUGUACCCAGAUCCGGAGACUUUCGAUCCAGAACGCUUUUUGCAAGAUGGCAAACUCAACUCCGGUGCUCGCGAUCCGUACGCGUACAUCUUUGGUCUGGGAAGAAGGGUCUGUCCUGGCCGCCACCUGGCGGACGCCUCGCUCUUCCUCGCGUGCGCGUCCAUACUGCAUGCGUUUAACAUCACACCGCCGCUAGACGAGAACGGGCAUCCGGUGAAGCUCGAAGCAAAAGUGACAACCGGCCUUGUCAUCUCUCAUCCCGAGGAAUUCGAGUGUAUUGUAGAGUCACGCUCUGCAGAAUCCGCAUAUCUUGUCAGAGCAUAG